AUGGGUGAUUGGGAUGAUGAUGAUUUCGAAGUUGAUGUGAAACAGCUAGAUGAAAAGAAGCAUAUUAUAGUAGACGAAGAAAUAGGCGACAAGUCAGAGCAGAAUCAAUCGCUUAAUUCAACCAAGUCUGUACCAUCGAAAUCGAAGAAAAAGACAGACAGUCCACUGAACACCUUUAGUGCCGACCUCAAUCGAGAAUUGAGUGGAAAGGAAAAGGAGCAGCUGCAGAGGAAAGCUGAUCUGAAGCUUGCAAAAGAUUUAUUUGGUAUUGACGAGGAUGAAACAUUAACUUAUUCGGAAUUGACUUCCUUGGACGAAUUUAGGACAUUUGGUGAGAAUAUUGGAAAAAUGCUUUUAGCACGAUCAAAUGCUACCCAUUUUUCUGAGAUGCUUGUUUCACUUCUCAAAGUUGUCCUUUCACACAUGGAUGCGAGCAAAGCAAGGGUUUUGAGUACGGUUGUAAAAACUAUAGCGGAUGAAAAGACAGCAGUUGAGAAGAAGGCAAAAGGGAAGGGUGCAACGAAACCAACGAUAAGAAACGUCAGUAAGUCAAAUACAGCUUCAGUUAAAGCGAAGAAAGAUUUGUAUGACGAUUAUGUAUCUGAUGAAUACGACGAUUAUGCCGACCAUUUUAUGUAA